UGGCAUGCCUGUGGGUGUGUAACUAUCACUCCUGUCUCCGCUCCACCGAACCAACGGCUCAAAUUGAAACUGGCCAUGCCAGCCCAACACUGUAGCUGGUUACUGUAUAUUAUCAUCAGUAUCGCCUGACUUCGAAACAAGGACUAGUUAAAAUAAUCGUUUUGGCGUCGUUUGUCUUCUGCUUUGACCUGACUAAAACUACACAUGGAUGUUAUUGAACAUCUGGCAUCGACAAGCAGCACAAGCCGGUCUGGAUUUAUGAUUGACGCAUUUCAUAAUAACGUUGUGAACACAUUUCAAUUCAUUAUCAGCUUAACCACUGACGUCCUGAAUAGGAUUUGCGGUCUGUCAAUGAGGAACUACAGGCUCAUCUUCUGCCAUAACCUGAAGCAGCCAUAGAUUACCAAUUCUUUUACCGUUAGUGAGCGGAGCAGGAGAUAAACUAAACAUCUUGGUGUUUGAAGUACAACAAGACGGACUGAAGCAGCCUGGCUGUGGAGGCGAUGAGGAAGAGCCUCUCUACUUCCAUCAGCGACUCCCUCAGCACUGCAAGAGUGUUCGGGAUCCCCCUGGAGGAGGUGCAGCACAGCGGGCAGCCAGGACAUGAGGUCCCCCUGCUGGUCAGGAGCAUCGUGGAGUACAUCGAAGAGCACGGAGGUUUGCACCUGGAGGGUCUGUUUCUAGUGAACGGGAACGCAGAGCGCGUGGAUUGGCUCAGGCAGCGCUAUGACAGCGGUGAGGAAGUGGAUCUAGAAAAGGAGGCUGACCUGGCAUCAGCUGUCAGCCUGCUACGCCUCUUCCUGCAGGAGCUCCCGGAGCCCAUCAUCCCUGCAGGCUUGCAGGCACAAAUACUGCAGCUCUAUCAGGAUUACAGCAGCGAUGAGGAGAUGGGAAGAAAUAUGAAGUACUUCCUUCAACAGCUGCCACAGGUCAAUUACAGCUUGCUCCGCUUCCUGUGCCGUUUUUUGUCCGGUGUGGCAUCUCUUCAGGAGGAGAGCUGGAGCAUAGGAGCUCUCGCUGCUGUCUUCGGCCCAGACAUUUUCCAUUUAGAUACAGAUGUUGAAGAUCUUAAGGAACAGGAGUCGGUCAGCCGUAUCCUGGCAGAACUGCUGGAGAACCAGGAGGAGUUUUUCGAAGCAGAGGAGGACGACAUCUCCAACACUAAUGACUACAGCUCCAUCAAUGACCAGAUCAGCGAGCUCCUGGAGGAAGAGAAGUUGGAGGCCUGCGAGGAGCUCCCGCGAGAUAGCGAAGACGGCCCUUCCUCAUUGUCGCCAAAACACGAACAUGUCGCCCCCUCUUCCAGUUCACACAUCGCUUCCAUCAGCAUCCUUCCAGGAUCUACUGAUAUAAUCCAGAGGACCAUCCGCGCUGCAGUUGAACAGCAUCUCCUGGAUCUACAGACUUCUAUUGACAAGGAGCUCAGCAGCUAUGAGAGGCAGGUGUUGGACUCCCAGCCCAUCCAGGGAAACAGCCCUACUCCGAAAACACCAGAGGAUCAGGAAGAUGUGCAGUCUGAAUCCGAUGCCGAAACUGAACCUCUCCCAGAGAAAGUAAGCGAGGAUGGCCUGCCCUCAGAGAGCAGUGAGGGAUCUCAAGGUUCUCAGAUCAGCAGUCCUGCCACGGAGGAAAGUUCUGGAAUGGACCUUGACACAGAGACUCUUGUAGAUGCAGAUGAUCUCAACACAGAAAGACUGGAGAACUACCCAGACAAUGAGCAGAUGGAUCAGGCUGAAGACGCCACCUGUGAGCCCGGCGGGUGUGACCUGAACGCUAAUACAGAGCCCACCGAGCUAACCGGUGACCCUCAGUCUCUGAGCCAGAGCAUGUUUAUGGACACUGAGCAGGAAGCAUCAUGCCCCGCCACAUUUCCCCUCAUUGACUUCACAUGUAUGCACCUGCAGAGAGAAGGGAGCGAUCCCAUGCCAGUGUUCAUGUCAUGGCAAGAGGAGACCGAGUUAGGAGAAGCCCAGCUGUCUCCGCUGGCGGCUCGCAUGAUUCCCCUUCCUCUUGAAGAGGAUGCCCAACCCUUACUGGACCGACGCUUCCUCGACUUUGGCCACAGUCAGAGGUUCCUACAACAGGACCAUGAUGGCACAUCCUCCACCAAAGCGCUGUCCUGUGGGAGGCCUCGCCGUGCCUCCCUCACUCUCAAAGACAGUAUGAAGGGAGACACCCAUCAGCUCACCAAGAAACUCCAGAGCUUAAAGAAGAAAAUCAAGCAGUUUGAGGAGCAGUUUGAGAAGGAAAGAAACUACAAGCCAUCUCACGCUGAAAGGGCAGCUGAUCCAAAGGUGCUCAAGUGGAUGACCGACCUCACCAAAAUCCGCAGGCAGCUCAAAGGACGACAGCACCCCUUGCCCAAAGGUUCCCUGAGGCACCAGGCUGUGCUUCAGUCACUCAGACGCCACUCGUCCUCUUCCUCCGUCCCGAACACACCCCAUUUUACACUGUCACGCCCCCUCAAUGCCUCUAGACAGGCACCCCUCUUCUAUGCCAAACACAAGAUCGAGAGCGAGCUAUCUACACAGACGCGUCCACGCAGUAACACUCUUCCCAAGAGUUUCGGCUCCACGCUUGAGCAGCCGGCUCACGAGGGCCCCGCGGAGAGCGAGGCACGGGGUCACCGGCCAACCCGAGAGGAGACGCUAGAGAUCAUUCAACAACGCAUCAAAGCCAAGAGAGAAGAGGACGGCUGGCCGGAAGACAUCAGGAAAAUGACCAAGGAGGAGCUUUUUUGUGAGAAAACGGUCUUGCAGAAGAACCUGCUGUAUUAUGAGGGAUUCCACGGGCGCCCUGUCACCCGAGAGGAACGAUUGAUUGUGAAGCACUUGUAUGACAGAUAUCGGCUUGUCAAACAGAUGCUCACCCGUGUCAGCAUCACACCCAUCAUAGCAUCUCCCUCCAGCAAGCGGCGCAAUCAGAUGCUACAGCCCAUCAUCGAGGGCGAGACCGCCCACUUCUGCGGUGAGAUCGAAGAAGAAGAGGAGGACGAGAGCAGGGGGCAGCAGGAAAAUGAAGAGAUGCAGGACGAGGGGUCCGAGAUCAUCAUGGACCCCGUGGCCCAAACCAGCUCCAAGCAGCCGUCACAGGAGACCGUCCUGAGCUCUGGGAAGCUCAAUUUUGAUCUGCGCCUGUCAAGUUCAAAUGCCUCCUCUAUGCCCGAACUCCUGGAACAACUGUGGAAGGCCAGAGCAGAGAAGAAGAAACUGAGGAAGACCAUCAGAGAAUUCGAAGAUGAAUUUUAUCAGCAGAACGGCAGGACUGUUCAAAAGGAAGACCGUACGCCUAUGAUGGAUGAAUACAAAGAGUACAAACGCAUCAAAGCCAAACUGCGUCUUCUUGAGGUCCUCAUCAGCAAACAGGAUUCAUCCAAGUCUAUCUAAAGCUCCCGGGGCCCGGAGCCAAUCGGAUCGGACGGGCCCCGCAUCACCUCAAAGGCCCAACCAAUACCCUUUCAAGUUAAAGUGACGGUAGCCGCAUCCAUCACCUGCUGCAUUGCUGCCCCUUCUCACUAAAGAGGAUGCCCUCUUGUCAUCUAACUUAGAGGAAUAUUUUGUCUUUCCUUCUCUAAGUUUGAUAUUCAGACUUUAGUUUCUCAGUUUAACCUCUAGCUUUCUCAUACUGAGAAGUGAACGGAGGUUAUGUGCUGAGUUGGGUGAACAUUAUAGACAUUACUGAACUCUUUCACAGACCACAAGAAUGCUCUUCAUAUUUCAAGCACCCAUGUCAUGAUCCUCCACUUCCGUUAUUCAUGGGAUACUGUUUAAAGAGUGCGAUAUGGCUCAGUUUAUAUUUAUGUACACUUGUAUAAAUCUAUACUAUAAGUAGGUAUGUGUUUUUUGAAUUGAAUAAUGUGUAUUCGUCCCUCAGCUUCUUUGUUACAAAUGAAAGGACUCUUGUUUUACGGUGGUGCUCCUUUUUUGUAAUUACACGUUUGGAGCGGAUCGGACUGACUGAAACUACUCAGCAAAUGCAGUUGGACUGUCACAAGCUAUUGCUGUAAACCUUGCUAUCACUGAUUUAUAUGUAUAUGAUACAUAACUUUAUGUGUAGUACUCUGUAUGUAACUCUUACCGUGUUUAUAGCUCACAUAUAUAAUAUGCGUUCGGACGAUAUAAUUAAAGUGAAGAUAAAUGCCAAACUAAGCUGUAGUUGGUUUGUCAGUGUCAGAUAUCAGCGAUGGUUUCAAAGACACUAUAGAUAGACCCACUUUUGAUGGAUGGGGUUGGAUUUUUUACUGUAAGGAAUUUUGCCAGUAUAUCCAUAUUCAGCAAAGCAUCAUAAAAUAAACUUUUUGAAGUAAUAACCCUGAAAUUUUAAUGUCAUUAGAUGACUAAGGAAUAUAAAGACACGGUGUGACCCAUGACCAUUGCAUACAAGCUUGUUUUGGGGAUCGGUUUUCAUCCUUGUGUCAGGAGUCAUUUUAACACCGAUCCAUCGUGAUUGUUUUUCAGCCACCAGCCCGUAUCAUAACGGUAUCAGUUUUUACAACCCAUCCGUGGUUGCCACUGGUAUCGAGUGUAAUUGUUUUGUUAUGCAGUCGGUUGUGCAGUAUAUUUCAUAAAGUCUUAUCAAAUAGAUAAGAGAUGAAGGCACACUGGAUGUUUUUAACUUCGAUCACUGAUAAAGAGAGAAGUACGGUUGCUGGCAUGGAUCGUCACGGUCAUAAAGAUGCAUUUUUAUUGCAAAGGUGAGCUGAAUGAGUCUGGUAAAAUGUAACUUUAUGUCAGCAUGCACAGUGGAUGUGUUUGUGACAGCCGAAGGAGACGAUGGAGAUUAUUUGCACAGCAUUCUGGGAAUGCAGCCUGUUUUGUUUUUGUUUUUGAAAUUGUUUAUUCAAGCACUGCUUGUGUGUGAAGGUUGUUUGACAGUCACUGUCGUGUUAUUGUGAUGUCCUUUUUUAUUACGGUCGUUUUGUACUUUAGUUUUUUAUCAUCUUACCUUUUGCAGUACAUCUCUUGACAGUGUGAUUCCUCUGUAUAUUAGUGACACAACUGCUUUGUCUUGUUUUGUAUAAGCUUGUUAGUAGUGAGUUUGCAUGGCUGGAAUUUGUAUUUCUAUUUUUGUGCCAUUAAAAAAUGAGCAAUAAUUAGCAAUGAGGUCAAUAGCAUUGGAAUGAGAGACCUCCUGUAUCCAGUAUGUGCAUUUUCAAUAAACUGCUUGUGAGUAUAUUCA